GUGGGAUUUCUGAUGCCUGCAGUUGGACCUUCUUUCCAUACCCAAAGGCAGGGCUGUGGGGAUACAGAGGUUUCUGUGCAAAGGAAACGGUGCUGUUGGAAAGGCAGGCUAGUACUGAUGGGGGCUGCGGGGAGAUUUUUAAGGAGGCCUUUUCACCCAGUUUGACAACCUGGAGAGCUGAGGAUUUCGCCUGGUCCCUUUCUGCUUCCACCUGCCAUUAGGACAAUAGCAGCACGUCAGCAACAGGGCCUUCUUCUCUUUUUCCCCAGGGAAAGCCCUGUCUGGGACACAGAAUGUCUGCUUUUUGGCACUGUAGGUUUGGGGAGGUUAGCAGGUCUUUUUGCUCGAAACCUCAAAGUCCAAACAAGAAUUGGGUGUGCCUCAAAAACCUGUUUCCGGUGUUUUCUUCUUAAAAGGCUGGUUGGUCCAGCAAAUGCACAAAUGCUUCCAGUCUCCGUUUUUCCAUGCGCAAAGCCGUUGAGGCUACUUGCCUCCUGAACUGACUAAGAAACUGUCUCUCUCCUUUGCUUUCCUCAGUCCAUAAAGCUAGAAUUUCCUUGUGGGGCUUAGGAUGCGGGGAAGAGGCUGCCUCCUCUCUGAAGCACCCUGAAAGGGGGUACGUUGUCUGAGCCCCACAGGUGCUUUUGGGGCAAUGGGGAGGACACCUGCCUGGUGACCCAGCCUGCCUUGACUCUUCCAUGCCCAGUCGCCAAGAGCUGGCACCAUGGCACGGCAUGGCACAGGGACACUGGUCUUGGGCAACGGACUGGGCUUCCCGCCCAACAAUGUGGCCCGUGUGGUGGUGUGGGAGUGGCUGAACGAGCAUGGGCGCUGGCGGCCCUACACAGCGGCCGUCUGCCACCACAUCGAGAACGUUUUGAAAGAGGACGCCCGUGGGAGCGUUGUUCUGGGGCAGGUGGAUGCCCAGUUGUCUCCGUACAUCAUUGAUCUGCAGUCCAUGCAUCAGUUCCGACAGGACACAGGGACGAUGCGUCCGGUGCGAAGAAACUUUUAUGACCCUUCUUCUGCUCCUGGGAAGGGGAUCGUAUGGGAAUGGGAAAACGAUAACAACUCCUGGACACCCUAUGACAUGGACAUCUGCAUCACCAUCCAGAAUGCUUAUGAGAAGCAGCACCCUUGGCUGGAUCUGUCCUCUCUGGGAUUUUGCUACUUGAUCUAUUUCAAUAGCAUGUCUCAGGUGAAUCGCCAGACACAACGGAAGCGCCGACUCCGGCGACGCAUGGACUUGGCUUAUCCACUGACCAUGGGCUCCAUCCCCAAGUCCCAGUCCUGGCCUGUGGGUACCAACUCUGGGCAUCCUUGUUCAUGCCAGCAGUGCCUGCUGGUCAACAGCACCCGAGCAGCCUCUAAUGCCAUCCUUGCCUCACAGCGGAGGAAGGUGUAUUCGGGCAACAGCAACGGGACACUGGCAGUUCGUCAGAGCAAUACAUUCAAUGGGACUGCACUGUGGUCUUUGGGCACUGCUCCGGGUGGUGGGAUGACCAAAAUUGAACAGGUCCGCUCUGCAAAUGGUGUGCAAGUGACCACCUUCUCACGUAGUCAGAGUGCUCCCAGCCACACACAACUCCCUGGUCAGAACAACCUGAAUCGGCCUGGUACGCAGCGUGUGGCCAUCCUGAGUACCAGGGCAUCCAUCCCUCCAGGGGUUCCUGCCCUCCCAGUCAAGAACUUGAAUGGAACUGGUCCAGUCCACCCUGCCUUGGCAGGAAUGACGGGAAUCUUGAUGUGCGCUGCAGGUCUGCCGGUUUGCCUCACUCGAGCACCAAAGCCCAUCCUGCAUCCACCACCUGUCAAUAAGAGCGACAUGAAGCCAGUGCCUGGUAUCAACGGCAUUUGUCGGAAGACCAAAAAGAAACAUCUGAAGAAGAGCAAGAACCCUGAGGAUGUAGUGAGACGUUACAGCCAGAAAGUGAAGAACCCCCCUGAUGAGGACUGCACAAUCUGUAUGGAGAGGCUGGUGUCCUCAUCGGGCUAUGAGGGUAUUCUGAGGCACAAAGGCAUAAAACCAGAGCUAGUGGGGAAGUUGGGAAAAUGUGGGCACAUGUACCACCUCCUCUGUCUGGUUGCGAUGUACAAUAAUGGGAAUAAGGAUGGCAGUCUGCAGUGCCCCACCUGCAAAGCCAUCUAUGGGGAGAAGACUGGGACUCAGCCACCUGGGAAAAUGGAAUUCCAUAUUAUCCCACAUUCACUCCCUGGCUACCUGGACUGUAAAUCCAUCCGCAUUGUGUAUGACGUUCCUGCAGGGAUCCAGGGUCCAGAGCAUCCCAAUCCUGGGAAGAAGUUCACAGCACGAGGCUUUCCACGGCACUGUUACCUUCCUGACAACGAGAAAGGCAGAAAGGUCCUGAAACUCUUGAUAGUUGCAUGGGAACGCCGACUCAUCUUUACCAUUGGGACGUCCAACACGACUGGCGAAUCUGACACGGUGGUGUGGAACGAGAUCCACCACAAGACCGAGUUUGGCUCCAACCUUACUGGCCAUGGGUACCCUGACCCCAACUACCUGGACAAUGUCCUGGCUGAACUGACGGCCCAAGGGGUUUCAGAAGCCAACCUGAAGGACUGAGGAAGCAUCUUGGCCCGCUCCUUUCCUCUCUCACCCUUUGCCAUCUGCUGUGUGGAAGCGUGAACACUGCCUGCGUCUGUCUGCCUGUAUAUGUGUGUCUGUCUCUCUGCCUUUCCACCAGCACUUGGAAUAGAUCCCCUUCACUUCUCACGUUGCUUCCGCUGCCUUGACUUCAGACGAUCUCCGCACAGCAACACCAGGCUCAGUAGCCACAGGAGACCGUGAGAAUCCACCUCUCCUCCUGAAUCAGAGUUGCCAUUCUUAUAGGUUUUCCCACUGAAGGGACAGUAAAGGGAGACCACAGGAAACUGCGCAAGUGAGCAACCAAUGCAAAUGCUCAGCUGUUUCGUUUUUUAUAUAUAUCCUUGGCAAUCUGCAAUAUUCCUUCUGCCCUAACUGUAAUAUAGCACAUUAAUGUGCACACAGAUGCUCUAUAUUACAUAUAUUCAGUUCUUGUACAGGAUAUCCUAUGUAAUAGAAGAGAUGUAUGAAACCAGUCAUGUGGCUGUCGGUGUACC